UUAAUACAUGUUAUCAAUAUAAUAAGAUAAGCAGAAUUUGCUUUUGUUCAACUGUUUACAUCAGAUGUGACCAGUCAAAAGUUAUCAUCGUGUGGGGUCACAAAACGUUACUAGCUUGCCUUGCACGUGAGGACAACGCUCAUCAGUUCUAUUCCAGAUUUGUUACAAGUUGGUUGUUUAUUGGAGCAAAUUUUUAUUUGAAUUAAAAUUAAAUAUACAUAUUUAAAAUGCCCGAUGCAUUUGAAAGUGCCUAUCCGUUGUCUCCGACGGUAAAUCCGGAGGAUAUUCGCGCACGCGCAAAUUCUUCAUCGAAAAAAAAGCGACCAGUGGUAGCUUUCUUAGCAGACGACGAGGCCGUAGAAAUACCUGAUAAAUCUGAAGUCGGUGUUAGCAAGCCGCUAGCACGGAGCGACAAGAGCGAAGUGGAGUUGGAUAGCUUUGCCGAGUCACUCUCCACCAUGCACAGUACUUGGUUUGACAAAAGGGUGCUUGAGCACAGAAUCUUCGUAAAUAGAUCUCUACAUUUAGAAAAUGUUAAGUUUUACGGAUUUGAUAUGGACUACACAUUGGCUGAGUACAAAUCGCCGCAAUACGAAACUCUAGGAUUUAAUUUAACUAAAGAAAGACUAGUAUCGAAAGGUUAUCCUCGUGAAAUAUUAGAAUUUGAAUACGACCCGUCAUUCCCAGUCAGGGGCUUAUGGUUUGACACAUUAUAUGGUAACCUAUUAAAAGUAGAUGCCUACGGAAACAUAUUAGUAUGUGUACAUGGUUUCGAGUUUCUUAAGCAUUCACAAGUAUACGAAUUGUAUCCAAACAAAUUCCUGACACUAGACGAAUCAAGAGUGUAUGUGCUGAACACAUUAUUCAACUUGCCAGAAACAUAUCUCAUAGCGUGUUUAAUAGACUUCUUUACUAACUCGCCACAGUAUACAAGAGAAAAAACAGGUGUACGAUGUGGCGACCUGGCAAUGUCAUUCAGGUCCAUCUUCCAAGACGUGAGAACCGCCGUAGACUACGUCCACAUCCACGGGGAUCUCAAAAAGAAAACCAUAGAGAAUAUAGAGUUGUACCUGAAGAAAGACGAGAGGCUGCCGAUGUUCCUGUCCAGGAUAAAAGAGAGCGGUGCCAAGAUCUUUAUCCUGACGAACAGCGACUAUAACUUUACAGACAGAAUUAUGAGCUACCUGUUUGAUUUCCCUCACGGUGCCAAGCCAGAUGAUCCUCACAGGAACUGGAAGACGUAUUUCGAUUGGAUCGUAGUGGACGCUAAGAAGCCACUUUUCUUCGGCGAGGGAACGACUCUGCGGCAAGUGGACACUCGCACCGGCGCGCUGAAGAUGGGUCACCACGUCGGUCCUUUGCACGAGAAACAUGUGUAUUCCGGAGGCUCGUGUGACGUAUUUACGGAGCUGAUCGGUGCCAAGGGUAAAGAUGUCCUAUACAUCGGUGACCACAUCUUCGGUGACAUCCUCAAGUCCAAGAAGAUAGGCGGCUGGCGCACCUUCCUCAUAGUGCCCGAGCUGGUGCAGGAGCUGCAUGUGUGGACAGACAAGUGCUCCCUGUUCGCGCAAUUACAGAACCUGGAUAUACAGCUGGGAGAUAUGUACAAAGACCUGGACUCGAGCACGAAGGAGAAGCCGGACAUAUCGAAGCUGCGCGCGGCGAUCCGCGACGUGACGCACAAGAUGGACCUGGCGUACGGCAUGCUGGGCUCGCUGUUCCGCUCCGGCUCACGGCAGACCUUCUUCUCUUCGCAGGUGGUGAGGUACGCCGACCUGUACGCGGCGUCGUUCCUGAACCUGAUGUACUACCCGUUCUGCUACAUGUUCCGCGCCCCGGCCAUGCUCAUGCCGCACGAGUCCACGGUCGCGCACGAGCAGCGCUUCACUGUGGACGCGCCCACCAUCGACAGAUCGCGGCACCCGAGCGCGGCGCGGUCGCACUGCAUCAUAGCGGAGGACUCCUCGGACGAGCACUACUACGCUGCGCCCGCGGCCGCGCCCGCCGACCCUAAGGCAACGGCGUCUGUGCCGCACGCGCGGCCGGAGACGCCGCGCCAGCUGACGCACACGCACGACGAGGACUGCUCCGACGACGACGACGUUGCCAAGGCGCACGGGAAAUAGACCCCACACUACACCCGCCAUUCAUAUGCGCCGCUAUAUUUUGUUCAAGUUGCUCGUACAUAACGACUUUCGAUUGAACUAGCGCAAAUAGUGUUUUUUGCUUCAUCCCGAACAAUGCAGUUUGGUAACACGAUCUUAGUCCUACAGCAACUUUAACAAAAUGAUCGGUCUUAAUUGUGUCGAUUGUUUCGCUACUUCAGAAUGUAGCUUCCAAUAAAUAUGAUGAGAAUGUUUUGAAGUUGCGUGACAAUCUUAUUCGAAUAGUCAAUUCUGUGAUUAUUAGCUCAGUAGCAACAGAUUUAAUUCCGUGUUUUGUCCAAUGGGUCAAAUUAGAUCAAACGAAAAGUGAUUUUAAUUGUUUCCCCAGUGUUAUGUGGUAUUUUUGAUAAAAUUAAUUUCAUUACAUUUCAAUUUCUCCAAAUUAAAUUUCACCAACUUCAGAUUAAAAUCGGAAACCGAGAGAGAUAACCACACGUUCGCAUUUUGUGUUUAUUAAAUUUAAUAUGCUCUAAUAUAUUUCUGUUUGAUCUGAAUUGACACUUAACUAAUGAAUGAGGCUUGAUGAGCCGUGUUAAUGAGUAUGUAAAUAUUUUCAGAACCAUCAUAAAGCAAGUCCUAAUCGAUUAAAUGUUUUGUUAGAUAUUUGUGCCUAUUUCGGGUUUAUUGUAAUGUGAUUUUCCAUUGUCUCACCCAAUCAAUAAAUGAUACGAAUUCCUUAACAUUUUCCCGCAGUUUCUUUGGAGCGAAAUGUAAAGUUAUAGAGCACUAUAGUAUAGAUAGGAUAUAUAUUAUAAAAAAAUGUAGUACAGACAAGGUAUACGAUAUCGUUUGUACGAAAUAAUAAAAUAUAUAAAUUAACAAAAUAAUAAUAAGUUUGUUAUUUCAUCUAUAUCUAUUAGCUAUAGUAAUACACGCAUCUAAAUAUGAUUGAUAUUGCCAAGUAUAUGAGACUUUGUGUGGUAGGAGGAUUGAAAACAAGGUUUUUUUUUCUAUGUUCAAUUCAAUUUUGGUGGCUUUGUGUUGCUUCAUAUUUAUACGUAAUUUUAGCUUAAGCACGUUUUACAGUUUUUUUUCUCGGAAAUAAACCUCAGUAUUUGACUAUGUUUCCUUAGUCACGUAAGAGAACACAGGGUCGCGCGAGUUGUGAUUGGAUACUGUUACCGUGUUUUUAGGCUGUUACAUUGAAGAAGCUUCAAUUGGAGCCAAGAAUUUCAACAUUGUAAUGACGCGUGUGUAUUAUGUAAUGAUUCGAAUGUAUGUACGUAAAUAUAUUAUAUUUAUCGUUAAAAAAGUCUUGUUAGUUUAUUUGAGAUUUUAUUUGUCAGCCCAACCAAAAUUAGAUAUUUUAAGUUUUAUCAACUAUAGAUUCGAGUAAGGAAUAACGCUAUAGCUCAGUCAGAAGCCUUUAAACGUGUGUAUUGCAAAAAAAUUUGAGCUGUUUUUAUUCUAAAAUGAUUUAAGGCCGUUUUAGAAUUUAGAUUAAGAUGUCUUCAUUUAGCUAUUGUUAAUUAUUAUAUAUGGAUACGAAAACUUUAUGUUAAUUAAUAUCAAACAUUGGACUGGUCUGGUAAUUCUUGUAUUGAUAUUUUUUUUUACCCACAAAUUCAUAUUAAUUUCCUUGAUGCAUAAAUAUAAAACUGUAUUCUUGGUCUGUAGCUAUUAUUUAACUACCAACAAUUUAGGGAAAUCCUUUAAAAAUUGAUGGAGGCUUUCUACGUAAUCCCCAAAAGGCAGAUUUUAUUUGCCAUAAUGUAAUUGAUGACAGAUUUUUAAAUAUGUAUUAUGUAAUUAAAACGAAAUAAAAUAAUAUAAUUAA